AUGCUGGCCUUAACUCUUUUCGUGUUCUUAACUAUUGGAGUAUCCAUGGCGAACAGCCAUGCAUGUACCUGUUGUUUCCCUAACAUGGCAGAUGUGUGUCAAACAAUGGCAAUUGAUCUUGUAUCUUGUGAUGAGUGUACAAAUGUCUUCUGCGCAAACCAUGUCAAAGGUUGUCAAGGUUUAAACUGCAAAGCGAUAUGUCAACCGGACACGAGUUCGAGUUCUACGACAUUACCAUCAUCAAGUUUUAGCUCGAAAACGUCGUCACCAUCAUCAAGCACGUUCUCUAGUGGAUCGCGAAUACAAUGGGAACCAUGCACUAUUUCGAUUAGUUCAGUCGUGUUAGUUUUUCUUCGAGCCUAUAUCAUUUUGGAAUAA